CUUUGGGCUGACUCUACCAGCUGAAUAACAAAAAAAAAUAGCAAUUGGCAAAUAGGCAUAAAAUUGGUUCGGCAAUGGACUAAACAAAGAAAACCUGGUUAUCCCACCGACCGAGAGUUUUCCUUACGCCCACCGCCAGCUCAGCCAGAAAGGAGCUCUGCAUGAACUACCUAACGAUUCUGCUGUGCAACCGAAAACCGACGAUGCUCUCGCGCCGGAGCAAGGAGAAGUCCCAGUCGCACAAGGAGGGCGUGGUGGGGAAGUACAUGAAGAAGGACACGCCGCCGGAGAUCCCGGUGAUCAAUGUGUGGACGAGCGACCAGCGGGCCAAGAAGAAGUCGCUGCAGCGCUGUGCGAGCACCUCGCCCAGCUGCGAGUUCCAUCCGCGGAGUUCGAGCACCAGCCGGAAUACCUACUCCUGCACGGACUCCCAGCCGGACUACUAUCAUGCGCGGCGGGCGCAGAGCCAGCUGCCCCUGCAGCCGCACACCCCGCAUCCCCACUCGCUGCCCCAUCCGGCGGCCCAUCCCCAUGUGCUCACCCACCCACCGCUGCCGCCACACCAAUUUCGGGCCAGCAGCAACCAGCUGAGCAGCCCCAGCAGCAGCAACUACGUGAACAUCGAGCAGAUCGAGCGGAUGCGCCGCCAGCAGUCGUCGCCUCUGCUGCAGACCACAUCUUCGCCUGCUCCGGGAGCCGGGGGCUUCCAGCGCAGCUACUCCACCACCCAGCGGCAGCAUCAUCCCCACAUGGCGGGCGCGAGCUACGACGGGGAUCAGGGCCUGCUCAGCGCCUCCUAUGCGAAUAUGCUGCAGCUACCCCAGAGGGCACCCUCGCCCGCCCACUACGCCGUCCCGCCGCCGCCCCAGCAGCAGCAUCCCCAGAAUCUUCCCCAGCUCCACCAGCAGCACGCCUCCACGCCCUUCGGCUCCACGCUGCGCUUCGAUCCGGCUGCCAUGUCCAUCAGGGAGCGACAGCCGAGGUACCAGCCCACUAGGUCUCCGAUGCAGCAACAGCAGCAGCUGCAGCACCAGCAACUGGCGGCUCACCUGGGCGGCAGCUACUCCAGCGACUCGUAUCCGAUUUACGAGAACCCCUAUCGCGUCUCCUCGAUGCGCGCCACUCAGUCGCAGCGAUCGGAGUCGCCGAUCUACAGCAACACUACGGCCUCGUCGGCCACGCUGGCCGUGGUCCCGCAGCAUCACCAGGGUCACCAGGCGCACCACCAGGGUCACCAAUUGGCGGUGCCAUCUGGCAGCGGUGGAGGAUCUCUGAGCGGCAGUGGACGUGGCGGCAGCUCCGGCAGCGUUCGCGGUGCCUCUGCCUCGGUGCAAUCUCUGUAUGCACCUCCGAGAACCCCACCCACUGCGGUUGGCGGGACGGGGGGCAGUGCCAAUGGAUCGCUGCAGAAGGUACCAUCGCAGCAGUCGCUCACGGAGCCCGAGGAGCUGCCUCUGCCCCCCGGCUGGGCCACCCAGUACACGCUGCACGGCCGAAAGUACUACAUCGAUCACAAUGCUCACACCACGCACUGGAAUCAUCCGCUGGAGCGCGAGGGUUUGCCGGUGGGCUGGAGGCGUGUGGUGUCCAAGAUGCAUGGAACCUACUACGAGAAUCAGUACACCGGGCAGUGCCAGCGUCAGCAUCCCUGCCUGACUUCCUACUACGUGUACACCACUUCGGCGGAGCCGCCAAAGGCCAUCCGGCCGGAGGCAUCGCUCUACGCUCCGCCCACGCACACUCACAACGCUCUGGUGCCGGCGAAUCCCUAUCUGCUCGAGGAGAUACCCAAGUGGCUGGCCGUCUACUCGGAGGCGGACUCCUCCAAGGACCACCUGCUGCAGUUCAACAUGUUCAGCCUGCCGGAGCUGGAGGGUUUCGACAGCAUGCUGGUGCGGCUCUUCAAGCAGGAACUGGGCACCAUUGUGGGCUUCUACGAGCGCUACCGUCGCGCUUUGAUACUCGAGAAGAAUCGACGCGCCGGCCAGAGCCAGAACCAAAACCAGUGACCAGGUGACGACUGAUUCAGACCACAAAACUCGCCAGCAGCUACAUAGUUUAUACGUAGUGUCCUGCAAUCGACCUUUAACUUAUUUAACCAUCGACUCAUCGCGAAAUCAGUGCCUUAGAGGGAGAGCC